GUCCCAUCUCUUCUCUCCCUGUCUGCUCACUGUCUGACACUGAGCACAGUGAGUUCAUUAUUUCCUCCAUAUCUGGAAUUUGUUUCUACUCAAAGGGUUUUCAUGCAGCGACAGACAGUGGACUAAUAUUGCACCCAACAGGAAAAUGGUUCCCGUUAAACUCCUCAUUCUGGGAGCUCAGAACACUGGAAAAACAGCACUGUGUGUUCGUUUCAUAACCAAGCGCUUCAUUGGUGAAUACGACCAUAAAAAGGAGGUGACCUAUAGAUGCAGUCGGGUGGUGGACCAGGAAGCUGUUGAUCUUGAGAUUCUGGAUACAGCUUGUAAGGACAGCUCUGCGGCUUCUCUGGAGUCUUCCAUUCAUUGGGCAGACGGUUUCCUGCUGCUCUACUCCGUCACACAACGCCUCAGCUUCCUGGAGGUCCCUCGACUCAAGAAGCUCAUCGACCAAACCAAACAGAGUCUGGUUGUUCCUACAGUGCUGGUAGCCAAUAAGGCAGACUUGGAAAUUGGCAGGGAGGUGACAACAGAGGAAGGGCAGAGACUGGCCAAGGAUUUAAGGUGUGGUUUCAGGGAGCUGUCUGUGGCAGAAGCUGUUUUAACUGUGGAAGCAGCCGUGUUUCAGCUCAUCAGGCUGGUGUUGGAUCAGCAGCGCCCUCUCCCUGACCGUCGCUCCUACAUGCUGACUGUUCGCCACGCUCUGACCAGGAAGCUGACCAGAUCCAAGACCAUGCAGUGGUGACUGCAGCAAACAAACAAUUCACCAGUUUUUACAGUGGGACAUUUGAGUAAAAGGUGUGCGUUGUUUGUUCUCAUAAAUUUUACUUCCGGACUGAUUUUACGAUAUUAGCACUAUAGUAUCCCCUGUUUAUUGUAACAUAAAGGUAUGUUAAAUCCUCGUUUCACUCAGUAAGCCUGUGUAUGGAUGAAACCUUUUGAAGUGUGGACCAGUUUCAUGCAGCACUGAUUUCCAGCUUAAGCCUGCAACUUCUGGCUUCCUGGAGUGAUGGUUGUUGAGGCCUUGGAUUCACAAAGCAGGAAAAGUCACAAAAAUUAUCAAAACUUUGCAAAUCACUGUAGAUAAAAAAAUGUUUGAACUUACAAACUCUGGGAACAAGAGCACAUAGUUGUGACCAAAUAUGUGUUUGCAGUUUUACUGCACAAUUCCAGCUCAGCCUGAGGUAAUCUGGAAAAGAGGUUGGAUCCGGAUGAAUAAAAUAUUAGCAGGAGAAAUAAUGUAUGUAUUUGAGUUGGGGUGAGCUUCAAUACUGGGCUAUCACAUCAGCUCCUUUCAUCCCUUUGACAGCAUUUUGUUUUACAGCUGCAUUUAUAUGUUUACUGUACAUGUCAGCAUGUGCACAGUAAUACCACCCAGCAAAAGCAAUAGUCUGUUUAAGCCAUAUACAUUAAUGUAUAAACUGAGAGCCCUCUACAGGAUUUUUUGUCCUUGUUUGCUAUGUGUUCCAUUCUCCAGUAGAGGGCAGUACAGUCAUUUCAGUUAGUGCAGACUCAACCCAAGUCCCACAGGAUGUCAAAUACACCAUUUGGCCAACGUUAUAUACAUCUCUGUCCAGUUUGGUAUGGAAGAAGUUGGCUAGCCUGCGCUGAGCCCUUACUGCCCAACAUAGUGAAAUCCAAAAUCACGUGGAAAGCCCUCCCAGAAGAGUGGAGGCUGUUACAGCAGCAGAUCAACGCCCAUGGUUUUGGAAUAAAAUGAUUAAGAAUCACA